AUGUCUUCUGUUGUCCAGACGGUUGUGUCUGACUGUUCCUUUGUGGCUUCACUUGCCAUCAGUGCAGCCUACGAGAGGCGCUACAACAAGAAACUUAUCACCAGCAUCAUCUACCCUCAGAAUAGGCGUGGAGAACCGGAGUAUAACCCCUGUGGAAAGUACAUGGUCAAACUUCAUAUCAAUGGAGUUCCAAGGAAGGUGAUUAUAGAUGACUACUUGCCAGUGGAUCAUAAUGGAGAGCUGCUGUGCUCCUACUCCAGUAACAGGAAUGAACUUUGGGUCUCUCUAAUAGAGAAGGCAUACAUGAAGGUGAUGGGAGGCUAUGAUUUCCCAGGUUCCAACUCGAACAUUGAUCUGCAUGCACUCACUGGCUGGAUCCCUGAACGCAUCGCCAUGCACUCAGACAAUCAGUCAUUCAGCAAAGAUGACACCUUCCGCAUGCUCUAUCAAAGGUUUCACAAGGGUGAUGUCCUAAUCACCACGGCAACAGGGGUGAUGACAGAGGAAGAAGGAGAGAAAUGGGGUUUAGUGCCAACACAUGCCUAUGCUGUACUUGACAUCAGGGACUAUAAAGGAAAGCGUUUCCUGCAGCUAAAGAAUCCAUGGAGCCAUCUGCGGUGGAAAGGGCGCUACAGCGAACGAGAUGAGAAGAACUGGACACCUGAUCUCCUCAAAUAUCUUAACUUUGACCCCAAAACAGCACAGAAAUUUGACAAUGGUGUUUUUUGGAUCGCAUGGGAGGAUCUGUGUCAGUACUAUGAUGUGAUCUACCUGAGCUGGAACCCUGCCCUGUUCAAAGAGUCCUUCUGUAUUCACAGUAGCUGGGAUGGGAAACAGGGACCAGUGAAGGAUGUCUACAGUCUGGCGAACAACCCCCAGUACAAGCUGGAGGUCCAGUGUCCAGCAGGAGGCGCUGCUGUGUGGGUGCUGCUCACCCGGCACAUCACUGACAAGGAUGAUUUUGCACAGAACAGAGAAUUUAUCACCCUUGUUGUUUACAAGACAGACGGGAAAAAGGUUUAUUAUCCAGCGGACCCUCCACCAUAUAUCGACGGUAUCCGCAUCAACAGCCCCCACUACCUGACUAAGAUGAGACUGACUAGCGCAGGAACACACACCUUCACGUUGGUGGUUUCCCAAUAUGAGAAACAGAACACGAUCAACUACACACUGCGGGUCUACUCAGGAUGCAAGUUUACCUUCUCCAAGAUCCCAAAUCCCUUCACUCAUGUUAAAAGGGUCAAUGGCCAGUGGAAGGGACUCAGUGCUGGGGGUUGUGGGAAUUAUAAGGAUACAUAACACAACCCAAUCUAUCAGCUCAACUUGGAGCGUCCUGGAAUGCUGCUUGUUGAGCUCCGAGGAUCCAGGCAAUAUAGUGUUGGGUUGAGAUGGUGGACUGUGUCGACCGUGGGGGAACCGGGCCCAGCGGCCUUCCACAAGAAGAGUAGUGGAGAUUACAGAUGUGGCUUCUGCUACAUGGAGGUAGAUCAUGUCCCAGCAGGCAUUUACAACGUGAUCCCUACCACUUUCCUACCAAAACAAGAAGGACCCUUCUUCCUGGACUUUGCAAGUACCACGCCUAUCAAAGUCUCCCACCUCCAGUGACGAUGAUGAUGAUGAAGAGAGGGAGAUGGCACGGCUCAGGUUCAAGUGGAAAAUGCAAACAUCAUGGAAUAAUAUCUCACUGUACUCUGUAUUUUGAGGAGUUAUGAGGUCGUUGGUGAAGACUAAACAGCAAAAUAUAACCAGACGGCUACAUUCCCGCUCACCUUUUCUCUUUUUUGUCGAACUCUUCUUAGGUCUAUGGACAGAAAAUAGGAUUGUACCAAAGUAAAAGGUGAAUUGACUGCAUUUCUAUAGCAAUUUUCCAUCUGUUGUUUAUAAUGAUGCCUCACAUUCACCCAUUCACACACAUAAAACAUUGUCAGCAUGAUGCCAUGCAAGAUGCUAAACUGUACAUUAGGAACAAAUUGGGGAAUAGAACCUUACUUAAAAGCACCUUAAGCUGG